AUGAUCUCUGGCUAUGGAACGCAUGGGCACGUAGACAAAGCCACAUCCCUCUUCAAUGAAAUGAUUGACUCGUGGACUAAACCGAAUGGAGUUACUUUCACGAGCCUCUUAGCUGCGUGCAGCCAUACAGGAAGAGUUGAGCAAGGUCAACACUAUUUUGACAAGAUAAAAGAAUUCAGAAUUGUUCCUAGUUCAGAUCAUUAUGCUUGCAUGAUUGAUCUCCUGAGUCGUGCAGGUCAUCUUGACAGGGCUUAUGAUUUCAUCAGGAAAAUGCCUAUGGAACCAACGGCAAGCACUUGGGGCACACUUCUUACUGGUUGUCGCAUUCAUGGUAGAGUAGAUCUAGUUGAUAUAUGUCGGGAAAAUAUUAUAAAUCUUGAACCAUGGAACUCAGGGUAUUAUGUCCAGUUAGCAAAUUUGUAUGCCAACGAACGAGAGUGGGAUCAAUUUGGAAAGGUUAGAUCAACUAUGAAAAGUGCAGGACUGAGAAAGGCGCCUGGGUUCAGCAUGGUUGAGUUGAAUAGCGGGAUUCACAAAUUUAUUGCAGGAGACACAUCUCAUUCACAAUCAAAAGAAAUUCUUAGUUUCUUAAAGGUCCUCGAGAAUCUGGUGCGCGAAGAAGGAAAAAUGCGAAAUAUGGAUACUCUCAUACAGGAGAUAGAGCAUUACAACGAUACUAGAACUCACAGUGAGUGGCUGGCCAUUGCUUUUGGAAUCAUUAACACUAAACCAGGGACAACGAUCCGCGUCAUAAAAAAUCUUCGUGUCUGCAAUGAGUGCCAUGAUUUCACAAAGUUGGUUACCAAGAUUACAACUAGAAACAUCAUAAUGAAAGAUCUGAAUCGUUUCCAUCACUUCAGCAAUGGAAAUUGUUCCUGUGGGGAUUACUCGGAAACACAUGUAAGAGAGAGAAAGCAGCUAGCACAUCUUUAUGAAGUGAAACUAAGAGAUGGUGAUACUUCUAUGUGUGAGCUACAGCCUCAUUGCAGCCUCUAUUUGCUGUAA